AUGGAAGAUAUCGAAGGAAACUGCAAAGAUGAUGGACUGAAAGUGUGUGCGAAGUUUAUGACUUCAACUUAUAAGAUUAAUUAUUUUGAUUGCACAUGUGACAACGUCUUCUUGUUACGCAAGACCAAGCGUUAUUGCCGAUGUCAGUCAUUGUGUACAGACCACCCUCCACCUUCACCGAUGCCGCCUCUUUAA